AACACGAAAUUAAACAUGAAGCAGUUUGUCAUUAACGAACUUCCAUACGGUUCUACUGCUGGACACUGGUUUAACUGGUUUAACUGGUUUACCUGGGUCAGCUGGUUUAACUGGUUUAAUUGGUUUACCUGGGUCAGCCGGUUUAACUGGUUUAACUGGUUUACCUGGGUCAACCAGCUUAACUGGUUUAACCGGUUUAACUGGUUUAACUGGUUUAACUGGGUUAGCUGGAUUACCUGGCUUAACUGGUUUAACUGGGUCAACCAGCUUAACUGGUUUAACCGAUUUAACUGGUUUAACCGGUUUAGGAGGACGUUGAAGGUUUGAAUCCGUCUGAAAUAAAAGCUGAUUAACGAGCUGCUGCACAAUAAUUAACCUGCUGAUGGUGAUGAUGAUGAUGAUGAUGGUGAUGAUGAUGAUGAUGGUGAUGAAGUCUCUGCUGACACUCUCAUGUCUUUACAUCAGUUUUAUAAAUGAAUCCUUCUGUUCACUUUUCACAUCAUCAUCAUCACCAUCAUCUUCAUCAUCACCAUCAUCUUCAUCACCUGGUUCAUUGAGACUUUAAUCAAACAUAAUAUUUAAUUUAAUAAUAAAUGUAAUGAACUCUGAGAGACACCGAGGAGGGUCAGAGCGGACCAGAACCUGUCAGAGACCGUACGGAGGGUCAGAGCGGACCAGAACCUGUCCUUCAGAGACCGUACGGAGGGUCAGAGCGGACCAGAACCUGUCCGUCAGAGACCGUACGGAGGGUCAGAGCGGACCAGAACCUGUCCGUCAGAGACCGUACGGAGGAUCGGAGCAGACCAGAACCUGUCCGUCAGAGACCGUACGGAGGGUCAGAGCGGACCAAAACCUGUCCGUCAGAGACCGUACGGAGGGUCAGAGCGGACCGGAACCUGUCCGUCAGAGACCGUACGGAGGGUCAAAGCGGACCAGAACCUGUCCGUCAGAGACCGUACGGAGGGUCAUAGCGGACCAAAACCUGUCCGUCAGAGACCGUACGGAGGGUCAAAGCGGACCAGAACCUGUCCUUCAGAGACCGUACGGAGGAUCGGAGCAGACCAGAACCUGUCCGUCAGAGACCGUACGGAGGGUCAAAGCGGACCAGAACCUGUCCUUCAGAGACCGUACGGAGGGUCAGAGCGGACCAGAACCUGUCAGAGACUGUACGGAGGAUCGGAGCAGACCAGAACCUGUCCUUCAGAGACCGUACCAGAACCUGUCCUUCAGAGACCGUACGGAGGAUCGGAGCAGACCAGAACCUGUCCUUCAGAGACCGUACCAGAACCUGUCCGUCAGAGACCGUACGGAGGGUCAAAGCGGACCAGAACCUGUCCUUCAGAGACCGUACCAGAACCUGUCCUUCAGAGACCGUACGGAGGAUCGGAGCAGACCAGAACCGACGUGUUUAUGUUAAACAGUCGUACAAACAGAUUCACAUUCAAGUCGUUUACGAACUUUUGUGGAUUCUACGAACGAACCUGAUUGACAGGUUGACACGUUAGCAACGGUAACUAAGGGAGACCAGCGUGAGCGUCAUGUGACUCGUUAAUGAAUUAAAGGAACUUCAUCCCUCCAUCUUUUCCUCCGUCAGCUGAUUGAUGUAAAGCAGCAAAGCAUUGUGGGUAAAUGAAGCCAUACUGCCAGCUGGUUAUUUUGAGUUAAUUGAUCAGCUGACUGAAUUUAGUUUGUGUAAAAACUGUUGAAACAAUCUGAAGGUAUAGAGGACAAAUAAAGACUUCAACAAGG